GUGACGGUGUGUGAAUCAAAAAUAUCUUUCUUAAAUUGAAUACAAAUUGGAGACGGGAAACAGUGAGUGAGACCUAGCAAGCGCAAGUACCAGCACCAUCACCACCACCCACCUCCUGCGCCUCACUUCACUUUGCCCUAACACCUUCUUCUCCUUCCCUAUCUUAGGUUGACAUAUCAUACAUGGGAAGCUUCGCAAACAAUAGCAGAAAUGGCGGCGGCCCAGCCAUGGUGGACAAGGGCGUCGAUUUCGCUAAUUACUUCUGCACAUAUGCCUUUCUCUACCACCAGAAGGAGAUGCUCUGCGAUCGUGUUCGCAUGGACGCUUACUACAACUCCAUCUUCCAGAACAAGCACCACUUUGUUGGAAAGACUGUGUUGGAUGUGGGGACUGGGAGUGGUAUUCUCGCAAUAUGGUCAGCUCAAGCUGGAGCAAGGAAGGUCUAUGCUGUGGAAGCAACUAAGAUGGCUGAGCAUGCUCGUGUCCUUAUAAAAGCAAAUAACCUUGAAGAUGUGGUUGAAGUGAUUGAGAGCAAUAUGGAGGACGUCUCUCUCCCCGAGAAAGUUGAUGUGAUUAUCUCCGAGUGGAUGGGGUAUUUUCUUCUUCGCGAGUCUAUGUUUGAUUCGGUGAUAUAUGCCCGUGACCAUUGGUUGAAGCCAACUGGAGUAAUGUAUCCUAGUCAUGCUCGUAUGUGGGUGGCACCUAUCAGGUCUGGAAUUGGAGAGCAUAAAAGGGGUGAUUAUGAUUUGGCUAUGGAGGACUGGCAUAAUUUUGUCGGUUCGACAAAAUCUUCUUAUGGUGUUGAUAUGAGUAUUUUAUCAAAACCUUUCUCAGAAGAGCAGAAAAAAUACUAUCUUCAGACAUCAUUGUGGAGCAAUCUUCAUCCAAAUCAAGUUAUAGGGUCCCCAGCCAUAAUAAAGGAGAUUGACUGUUUAACGGUCUCUGUCAAUGAUAUUCUUGAAGUUAAAGCAGAUGUUUUUUCGUCAAUAACAAUGGAACAUGCAAGGCUCUGUGGUUUUGGGGGAUGGUUUGAUGUUCAUUUUCGAGGAAGAAAGGAGGACCCAGCUCAGCAAGAAGUUGAGUUGAGUACUGCACCUUGUCCAAAUAACGGCACACAUUGGGGGCAACAGGUUUUUCUUCUGCAACCUCCCGUCCAUGUUGACCAAGGCGACAAAUUAAAUGUUUCUUUCUCAAUGAUUCGCUCCAAGGAGAAUCAUAGACUUUUGGAGGUUGAGUUUGGCUGUGAUGUUACACAAUCUUCUGGCAAGAUUCCACACUUCAAGAACAAGUUUUUCAUUGAAUGAGAAAGAAGCUAACCUCACAGUUUGGCUUUGACUUUUGACAAAGUAUUUAUGUGCUUUGCAAACCUGCCACCAGUUUUCUGUUCUAAGGCUUCUUCAAAAAUGAUGAAAUCUACAAAUGGACAACUUUUUGUGGAGUUUUGCAGCUGUUUUUGGUAGUUGGUUUUUUAUUUUGUGUUUUCUGUAAUUUUAUCUUUAUAUUAAGUUAACAGAAAAUUAGAACAUAUACUUUAGAGGUUUGUAAUUUGUACAAUGCGAAAGUAUGCAUUGUUGCAGAUGUCAAAUUAAAAUUUUGGAAGGAAAAAUGAAUGGUGAAAAAUUAUUAUGGUCGAAUACUUGCUGCAAGUCGUCAUUCAAAAACAUAUCAAUAUAUUUUAAAUAAUUACAAUAAAAUAGCCUUUCAUAAUUGACUUCGUUCACAUGCACAUGCAUGCCUUUAAAUUUAAUUAGACUUGAAGCUGCUUCGAUUAGGCAUGCCAACACUAUUUGACCUUUUAAAAGCUUUUAAUACUCUUACAUUGAAUUGCCAACUUGAUACAUCAAUAAUUAUCUACCUUUAACAACAAAUUUGGGUGCUAUUGAAAGCAAAGCAAUACAGUUUCAUUUUCCUUAAAUUGAAGCCUUAUUAUAAAUUCUUGCAAGUUUAACUUACAUAAGUUGAGUGCUGGCCUGUUCUUGUGCUCAUAUCUGUAAACAAACUAUGCAAAGAUCAUCAAGUACUUCUCGAGCUUCUGACGAAUUCUUGGUCAAUUUUCCACCGCCUUCUUUCGUCCCGCUCCCCAUGAAAUCUGCAGCUGCAGAAGAACUGCCUCUGUAUAAAUCCAACUCUGAUGCUAAUAAAAAAGAGCUUGGUGUGCACAAGUCGUCAGGGGAAAAUAUCAUUCAUGUGAUUCCUUUGAUUUUGAUCCUUUGUGGUUUUAUUCUUUGGGUUUUCUCUCAUCCAGGUAAAGUGUGAUGUUGCAAUGGCAAACAAAAUUAACUGAGUGUAAUUUCUUGUUUCUAAGACAUGAAACUUGUUUCUUCUCUAUCUUUUGCUCCACAAUUUGGCAAUUUUUAUUAAAGAGUUGUUUAGUAUUAACGUUUCGUUUAAAAACGACUCGUUUAAAUUGAAAUUCAGCGUGGCUCUAGUUUGAUCUUUUUAGUUACAUUUUUCAGAAUAUAUUGGACAAAAUUAAAGAGCCAUUAGAAAUGUACAUAUUUGCAGGAGGUCAUCAAUCACUUUUUAUAUAAUGGCGGCAUAAAUAUCUAAUGUUUUAGUUUUUAUACACUUAAAUACCUAAUGUUUAUUUUUGGAGGCAAGAAUAUCUAAUGUUACAAUUCUCUUA